AUGCGGCGAGGCUUCGCCGGCAAUUGUCUGUGCGGAUUUGGCGGCAGAAACCGUGCGGGUGCGGCUGCAUUGUCUAGAGUCUCUUUGUUCGGCUGCCGGUUGCCGGCGGCGAGUGGCGGAUGCGGCGGCGUGGUCUGUGUGUUGUCGCACGGCGGUCACUGGCGUGAGUGUGAGGGGNGCACGCCUGGCCCUCUGCCGUCACCGAGAAAGCGGUGGAAUAGUCUGGAAGGGCUCUUGGCUGGUGUGGGUCCGACGCACCCGGCCAGCGUUUUCGACGACGGGCCCGUGGCUCUCGGACGCCUCGUGAGCAAAUUGUCGG